AUGACCGCGGAUUACAAGGGGGUAACAUCUUUGCAAAUAAUCCCAAAUGCCAAGGCGCGGAUCGAUGACAUUGAACUAGACUCUCCACGCUCCAUUCUUGCGUGCCAGCGCGUUGGCGUUCUACCACAAGAGCUAAAUUUUUGCCAAGAAAACUCUAUAAACGAGAGUGAUCCGGAAAAGCGCAAACUCAUCUUCGAAGCAUAUGAAAAGGAUAGAGCUAUGGCUCUGGCAGCUUGCCUGAGCGAGUUCCAAAAGAUCUGCGAUAACGGCGUUACGCUAGCCGAGUCUAUUGCAUUUCCAAGGCUUGCCAAUCUUCUUCCCAGAUCAAGAACUAAGGAUCCUAGGGUUUGUAAUGCUCUAGAAGCCAUUCAACGGCGAUAUUCCCCGGACGGUAUGGAGCAGCGGUUAAUAGCUAAGCAGGUUGCGCGGCGCAAGCGUUGCAUGGCAGAAAUAGUACAAACUGUAUUGAACGAAGACAAGAUAAACGAGAGCAUGUCAGUAAGUGCGAACCUGGUAGAUCAGAAUAAGCAGGUUAAGCAAAAAGAGAUAGCUAAGAAGAUGGAGAGGCUCCUCCAGAAGCAAGAGGUAGCAAUGGAGCGAUACAAUGAAGCCCAGAAGAUUGCUGAUGAGCACUCAUUAGAUAUGCUACGUAAGUACCAGCUACAAAUGAAAAGCACAGAGCAAAAUCUCAAGGAGGCAACGAGCAGGCGGCGUAAGGAAGCAGCCUUGCAGGCUAGUAGGCACAGAAAGCAGCAGCAAAUUAUUGAAGCUAAGCGGAGGAAAGAGGAUGCGGAACGUAUGCAACAGUUGGACCGGUUUCUUGCGAGACAGCAAGAGAUCGACAAUCGCUUGCAAACCUUGCAGAACAAUGAGCAAACUAAGCGGAUGCUUCAAUCAGAAAAGCUGAACACACGGCUGAUCUCUGCAUCUAUGCGAGCAGACCAACUUCAUCUGCAGAAGAUAGAGCAGCAGCGUGCCGAGCUUAAGCAAAAGAACGCACUAGCUGAGCAACGCAGAAAUGACAUGCUUCAAUCUCGAAAGGAGACAAUCCUGCAUGCCCACCUGGCCGCUUGUGAAGCCCAGAGAAAGCGAAUGAAAAAUCUUGAACAAGAACGGGAGUUUCAGCUCCUCCAAAAAAAGCAGAAGAUAGCAGAAGAAGACGCUUUGUUCUCCCGGCGGAAGAGCGAGCGCCUACGUGCUUGCAAUAGGGUUGCUAAGGUAGCUAAGUUGAAGGCUGACCUUGAAGCUGAGAUUCAGCAGCGGAGAAAGGAACGGGCUGAGAGGAUGGAUAGCUAUAAGCGAAUGAUCUUGAAUGCACAUGAUAGUACCAUAAAGGAGAAGGUGGCACGACAGAAGGAGGAGACUCGGCACAGUGCGGAAUCAUUUAGAGAUACCAGCUUCAAGGUGAAGCACCAAACAGAGGCUAUAACGCAACAGAUCCGCGAAACGUUUCGGCAGAACAAACUGGAUGUGAUACGACAGGCAGCCAGCGUGAUCAACAGAAAGCCUUUACAUGGUGAAGAAGAUGGAUUCACGAAGGCGCUUGCGGUAAUAUCACACUCUCAAAGACCACACAAACGGAUAGACUUUAAGGGUUCCUCCAGCAUGACCCAGGAGCGGCUGAAAGCCGUCCCAAAUGACUUAUAUGGCCAGGUCCGUCUCGCCGAGAAGUCCGGUGGAUUCAUUGAUUAUGCCAGUAUCCGACUGGUGAAGCCAGGUGCCUACAGGGAGCGUAUCUUGAAGUCACAGCAGACGCGCCCCCGGUCCGCGCCAACCAACUCUGCUCCCUGGACUGCAAAGUAUAGUGUCUAUGAGUUAGCAUAA